UGAAACUUUUAUUCUUUCCAACUCGGACCAAGCGAACCAAAACCAAAAAUUCAUACCAUCUUGUUUUUGAUAAAUUCUUUUCUCAUUCAUUUCUCUGGAUACUGAUCUUCUAUCUUUCGAUUCUUCCAUUUUCCCCUAACCGUCGCGCAAUAGAAUAAUGGCGAAAAGUGUUCGAGCCAGUGUAUCCAAACGCAACAAGGCAAAGCUCCGAGCCACAGUUUUCGGGCCUGUUGUUGAUGCACGAACUGAAAGAUUGUCGGCCAAAUUGCAGGAGCUUGCCUCUCAGCCAAAGACAAAUGAACAUGAGAAAUCCGACGUGGGAUCAGGUACUGCAGAGAUAGAUGAACAAAGCGGUGCUUCGGGACUAUCAGAAUACAAUGAAGACAUGGAUCUUGAUAAAGCGUCUGAAAAGAAAACAUCGUCACAGAAAUCCGGACGUAUCCACAAACGCCACAGCAACAGGAAAAACCGUUCAUCUAUAACUUUUACCCCACGCUUUCAAAAGUCACGAAAAGUUUCGAAGAGAAAGUGAGAAUUUUUUGAGAUAAUCGACGUUUGUGUAUAUCAUUGAUAAUUGGAUCUCGUCCCAAACCUUCCAACGACAUUAAAUGUUUGCUUAGAAUUUGACUUGACUUCUAACAU